AUGAGAAGGAUUGGGGAUAUCACGAGAAAUCUGGAACUUCAGCUGCAGCACAGAGUGGUAAACUUUGACUUUUUCUCUUUGGCUUUGGAUGAGAGCUGUGACGUAUGUGACACAGCCCAGCUACUCAUCUUCGUUCAUGGGAUAACUACGGAUUUUAAAGUCACGGAGGAGCUGGCAGCCAUGCAGCCAAUGAAAGGAACAACAACUGGUAAUGAUUUGUUCAUGGAGGUAAAUGCAUGUUUGGACACUUUGGGACUAAAAUGGGACAAGCUGGCGGGUGUGACAAUGGAUGGUUAUCCAAAUGUAACGGGAAAAAAUGUUGGACUCUUAAAGAGAACACAGGAUAAAUUGACAGAAAUUGAUCCUGAACAGAAAUUGGUAUUUUUGUAUUGUAUUAUACAUCAGGAAGUGUUGCGUAAGUCAGUGUUAAAAAUUAACCAUGUGGUUGAUGUUGUAACUAAAAUAGUUAACUUCAUCAGACAGUUUGUUGCACUUUUGGAGGAAAAUGAGACUGAACAUCGUGACGUAGGCUACCACACAGCUGUCAGGUGGCACAGCCUGGGCAAAAUGCUGAAAAGAGUAUGGGACCUGAGAGAAGAGAUUCAAGAUUUCUGUGUGAAGAAAGGGAAUGGCAUUCCACGGCUUUCAGAUGCAGACAGGAUUGCAGACCUUGGUUUUGCUGUGGAUGUGACUGCACUUAUGAAUGAACUAAAUGUGAAACUGCAAUGCAAGGGCCUUUUUGUGCAUGAUAUCUACAACUUGGUGAAGGCUUUUAUGAGAAAAUUGCAGCUUCUCUCAAGCCAAAUGGAGGACAACAUUCUCACCCACUUGCCAACACUGAAGGAAGCCACACCUUCAGUUGAUCACCUCCACAGGUACUCAUCUAUGUUAGAAGCACUGCAUGGUGAAUUUUCAAGGCGAUUUCAAGACUUUAAAAUGGUUUAG